CGUUGCAAUUACCAUUAAGAAUGCCACCAAAAAGACGGGCCGCCUUAAAUCACCGCCUCGUAAGGAGCGGGAAAAUAGCCAGGAGGGAACCAAGUGUCCGGCAAGCGACAUCGGCUACUGUGGGAACGAUUCCGCAAUGCAGCUCCAUCAGCCAAUCUGCAUCCCACACCACUUCCAGACAAUCUCUGGCAGGGCUAACAAUCGAGGCAGAGAGGCUCCUUCAGCGAUCAUUGGCGGCAAACACGUGGGCAACUUACCAGGCAGGAACCCAAGCGUUGCAAGCAUUCAGGGCAUCACAAAACCUGGGAGAUGUCUGGCCGGUUCCAAUAACUCAUCUGGUACAUUUCAUUGCUCACCUGUCAGUGUCAGGACAUGCACCGAGUACGGUAAGAACGUAUAUGGCCGGUAUCUCAACGUACCAUAGGCUACACAGCAUGGAAGACCGCACCGGCCACUUUGUUAUUACUAAAAUGAUUACGGGGAUGCAAAAGUGUCAGGGGAGGCAGGAUCACAGAAAACCAAUAACAAUAGACCUGCUCAAAGUAAUUGUAAACAACCUACAAUUUGUCUGCUCUUCUACCUAUGAAGUAAGAUUGUUCAAAGCAGUAUAUUGCUUGGCCUUCUUUGGUUUCUUUCGGGUGAGUGAACUCGUGCAAACCAAACUUUCUCAGCCAGGGUGCGCUUUCUUGGACCUAGAAGUCCAAGACACGACUAAGACAGUAACAGUCGCUCUAAGGCAUUCAAAAACGGACAGGCACUCACAUGGCAUAGUUGUUUCCAUUUCCGCCAUACCUGGCCACAAUCUGUGUCCAGUGGCUGCAGUUAAAGCAUACCUAACAGUUCGAUCACAGGGUCAGACUCAAGCUUUCGUACACUUUGAUAAAUCUCCCCUGACCAGGUAUCAGUUUCAGGCCGUGCUAAAAAGAGCACUGGCGCAUAGCGGCAUCUGCACAGCAGCAUACUCUUCGCAUUCCUUCAGGAUUGGCGCAGCAACGACAGCAGCCGGUAACGGAGUGAGUUCAGAUUUGAUACAGCACUUUGGUAGGUGGGGGUCAGAAUGUUAUAAAAGCUAUAUACGCAUACCUGCAAACAUUUAAAUCGCCAACCAUGCAAGAACAGUUUUCUUCCUAUUGAUUCAUGUUUUCAGUAUGGUUGAUUGGGUCCAGCUUCCUGACCCGGGCGAGAGAGCACCUACAGGACAGUGACUUCGGUAUUCCAGGGGGAUGUCUCUGGUUGGCAAGGGGCGGCAUGAGGUGGGAGGAGCUGACCGAGCUGAUAGAUGCCCAGGUCAAAGCAAUGCAGACACCACCAAAGGCGGUGGUGAUUCACCUUGGUUCGAACGACCUGGGUAAGGUAACCACGUGUCAGCUAUAUCAUGAGAUCAAGCUGGCACUCCUGAGGAUACACCUCCUCCUACCUGGUGCUGUCAUUCUGUGGUCAGACAUGCUGCCACGGAGGUACUGGCAUGUAGCCAGCCGUGCCCGGGACCUGGACGGGGCCAGGCAGAAGCUGAACAGACGAGUGGGGAACAGGGCCCGUGAGCUUGGGGGGAUACGGGUUCCCCACACAGUGUUCAACCGGCAGGAGCAGCAACUGUACCUGCGUGACGGGGUUCAUUUGUCACCGGCCGGACUUGAUCUUUUCACACAAAACAUUGGCAGCUCCCUUUCCGCAGUAUGCUUGUAGGAAACAAUUUCAGUAUAGGAUAACACGGUGGGUGUACAUGAGCGCGAAUGGUCGUGGUUGUGGGGAAGCACCUUGGUGCUUGUGGCGGGGUGCUGGUGGACUGCAUUACAAGUUACAUUUGGCGUCUUGGGAUACAUCCCAAAUUAUAAAUUAUUUAGGAUAGGGUUACCCGCUUUACAGCAGGAACCAAUUUAUCCAUUCUGCUUUACAGCAGAUGGCUUAGUGUCCGCUUUACAGCGGAUGGUCAGCUUGGCAACAAUAGUUGCCCUCGCUCAUGGUUUGGCAAUGGUACUUGCCUGGCAGCGAUAGCUGCAUAGCAACAUGGGUUGCUUGGCAACGGUAGUUGCAGGGCAGCGGGCGCUGCAUUGGUAAGCAACAUGGGUUGCUUGGCAACGGUAGUUGCAGGGCAGCAGGCGCUGCAUUGGUAAGCAACAUGGGUUGCUUGGCAACGGUAGUUGCGGGACAGCGGAUGCUGCAUCGGUAAGCAACAUGGGUUGCUUGGCAACGGUUGUUGCAGGGCAGCGGUUGCUGCAGUUGGGGUUGCUUAACAGGUGUUAAGCUCAUUGCCGUAGUCCACCAGUACCUCCACAUCCGCGACCAUUUCAUCCAA